AUGCAGCUGCCCCCGGAGGAGGCCCGCAGGGACGUGGCUGAGGACGCCCAAUGGUCCAGGCCCGAGUGCCAGGUAUGGACGGGGACGCUGCUGCUAGGCACGGGUCUGCUGUACUGCGCUCGCAUCAGCAUGCCCAUCUGCGUGGCUUCCAUGAGCCAAGACUUUGGCUGGAACAAGAAGGAGGCUGGCAUCGUGCUCAGCAGCUUCUUCUGGGGCUACUGCCUGACGCAGGUCGUGGGAGGCCACCUUGGGGACCGGAUCGGGGGUGAGAAGGUCAUCCUGCUGUCAGCCUCUGCCUGGGGCUUCAUCACCACCGCCACCCCUCUGCUGGCCCACCUGGGCGGUGCCCACCUGGUCUUCAUGACCUUCUCGCGCAUCCUCAUGGGCUUGCUCCAAGGGGUUUACUUCCCUGCCCUGACCAGCCUGCUGUCGCAGAAAGUGCGGGAGAGUGAGCGCGCCUUCACCUACAGCACUGUGGGCACCGGCUCCCAGUUCGGGAUGCUGGUGACGGGAGCCAUGAGCUCCCUGCUCCUUGACUGCUAUGGCUGGCAGAGUGUCUUCUACUUCUCGGGCGGACUCACCUUGCUGUGGGUGUGUUACGUGUACAGGUACCUGCUGAGUGAAAAAGAUCUCAUCCUAGCCUUGGGCAUCCUGGAGCGAGGCCUGCCAGUGUCCAGGCACACCAAGGUCCCCUGGAGGCAGCUCUUCCAAAAGCCUUCUGUCUGGGCAGCCAUCAUCUCCCAGCUAUCCUCAGCCUGCUCCUUCUUCGUGCUCCUCUCCUGGCUACCCACCUUCUUCAAGGAGACCUUCCCCCACGCCAAGGGCUGGGUCUUCAAUAUGGUGCCCUGGUUGGUGGCAAUUCCUGCCAGUCUGUUCAGCGGGUUCCUCUCUGAUUGUCUCAUCAAUCAGGGUUACAGAGCCAUCACGGUGCGGAAGUUCAUGCAGGUGAUGGGCCUCGGCCUGUCCAGCGUUUUUGCUCUAUGUCUGGGCCACACCUCCAGCUUCAUCCAGUCUGUGGUCUUUGCGUCUGCCUCCAUCGGCCUCCAGACCUUCAACCACAGUGGCAUUUCCGUCAACAUCCAGGACUUGGCCCCAACCUGCGCAGGCUUUCUGUUUGGUGUGGCCAACACAGCUGGGGCCUUGGCAGGUGUCGUGGGCGUGUAUCUGGGUGGCUACCUGAUAGAGACCACCGGCUCCUGGGCCUGCAUGUUCAACCUAGUGGCCAUCAUCAGCAGCCUGGGACUGUGCAUCUUCCUGGUGUUUGGACAGGCUCAGAGGGUAGAUCUGAGCCCCACUCACGAGGACCUCUAG